AUGGUCAAGAUCACCAACAUCGCUUUCGUCGCCGCACUCGGCGCCGCUCACUACGCCACUGCCUCGCCGGUCGAGGGCCGUGAGGCGCUUGAGGCGCGUACCUUUGGCCUACUGUUCAAACACUUCGACUUGAACCCCGCUGACUGGUCUUGCAUUGCUCCUUGGAAGCACGCUUCGCUUCCUUCCUUCUCGCUGGGUUGCUCGGCACCCGGCAUCCCCCAGUGGGAUGGAGGCGACAAGGCCAAAUGCAAGUACUUCUGGAACUGGUGGACCCCCUUCUGCCGUGACGGCAACAAGCCCAAGCCCCCGCCUGGCUCUGGCUCUGGCUCUGGCUCUGGUUCCGGCUCUGGUUCCGGCUCUGGCUCCGGCUCUGGCUCUGGCUCUGGCUCUGGCUCUGGCUCUGGCUCUGGCUCUGGCUCUGGUGGCGUGACUUGCUCUGGCAAGUACGAGCAGACCUACAAGGACUACCAGACAGUUGCCGACUCGGGCGUAUACAAAGGCCAGAAGGUGGGCGCUGCAACGAUUGACAACGAGAACUACCUCACCUACAUCCUCACUGACUCGCUCGACAAGUGCUUGCAGGCUUGCGACCAGACCUCCGGCUGCGUGUUUGUCAACCUGUACCAGGACAACGCUUCGCAGUCUUCGGAUGUGAGCGAACUACCCCCCUCUGCUCAGUCCAAGUACACCAAGGGCAACCUCACGUGCGCCCUGUACAAGGCCUGCUCGGGUACUGACAAGGCCACCAACUAUGGUGGUCAGCAGGACCCCACCUACAUCACCGACUCGUCGGCUUACUGCAAGAGCGGCAAGUGCUAA